AAUUCAUCGAUCGCUUACAUCCAGAUAAUGUGCAUUUCCUUUGAAUCAGUAACUAAAUCCUGAAAUGUGUUGAUUAGCUUCGAUAAUGUCUUCGUUUUCACCACGCACGAUUUUUCCAACACUGCAGAAUCUGCCGCGAUCUUAUUUCCUUGGUCAUCAUGCAAAAGGACUAUCUCAAAUGAAGCGCAUGCUAUCCCAAGUUGACUUGAUCAUUGAAUGUCGCGACUACAGAGUCCCGAUAACGAGUCAAAAUCCACUUUUUGAGGAGAGUUUGGGAGCAAAGCCCAGGCUGAUCGUGUACACCAAAAAGGAUCUGGGCAGUUCUGGAAGACCUGGGGAAGCCAAGCAUGAAAAGAUUAUUUCAGAAUGGCACAAGCCAGAUCCAUGCAUCUUUCUCUCGAAUCAGGAGAGAACAGAUAUCCAGUCGGUGCUGCGCUUUGCCAGGAGCUUUACGAGCUCGUCAACGUCCAUAACGGGCUCGCGCAUGAUGGUGGUGGGCAUGCCUAACGUGGGAAAAUCCACGCUGCUGAACGCCUUGCGCAACGUGUCGCUAGGCAAGGGCAAAGCAGCGAAAACGGGCGACCAACCGGGCGUCACGCGCAAGGUCUCAUCAAGCGUCAAGAUCAUAGAGGGAUCCGCUUCCGGGUUCGACACCGUUUAUCUACUUGACACGCCCGGCGUCUUUGUGCCGUACGUGCCGGAUGCGGAAGCCAUGCUCAAACUCGCCAUGUGUGGCAGCGUCAAGGACUCUGUGAUUCCGUACGGCACGCUCGCCGAUUAUUGUCUGUACCGGGUGAAUCUACACGAUCCGACCGUGUACUCGGCGUAUCAUGAGCCCACGAACAACGUGCUGGAUUUGCUCGACGGCGUGGCACGGGCGACAGGCAGACUGCAGAAGGGUGGAAAGCCAGAUCUGGAGGCCAGUGCUCUGUGGUUCCUUCAGCAGUGGAGAACGGGCAAGAUGGGGAGGUUUGUGCUCGACCAGGUUUCGGAAGAGGAUCUCAAGAAGAGGAAGGAGGAAGGGCUUGGAAGAAUAAGCUUUCACCAGGCGCUCAAGAGGGCGAAGGAGGACAGAAAGAAGACGGAGGCGGUGCGAUGAAACCAACAUCAUGACAUGUUCGGCUUCGUGUGUCCAUCUUAAAAUCACGUCAAACGCCAGCCGUGAUAAGUGGACCGAACACGUGGAAGCAGCGGCAUCUUUAGAUUGGCACUACGCUUCCCCAGGGCCGAGGAGCACGGUCUGAUAUCCGGUACAGCGUCAGAAUUCUGUGCCACAAAGCUUGCCAUGGCCAGCUGAUCGCAUCAUCAAUUGAGAUCUUGCCACAACGCGCUCAAAAGCUCGAGACAGCUCCCGAUGCGGCUGUGAACAUGCCCCUCAGCGGUCAGAUCCAAACUCGCCAACCCCUUCACCAUAUUCAUUACGGCUUCUAUCAAGGCUUGUGCGCUGAUGAGAACGACCAACUGGUCAAACUCUCGUGCUGAAGCAUUCGUCGUGGAAACCCCAGCGACAGCCCGUUCCCCUUGUCGAACUGUGACGACCUUGUUUUGCUGCCCAGGCAAUGCAGAAUAGCAACAGGUAGAAAUGAAAAAAGCGGCUAGAGUGUACGCUUCAAUUUUUG